UUCAUGAAUAAAAAAUUCAUUUGAUUUUUUUUUUGUAGUGAGAAGUUAGUUUCUCUCCAUCAUGAUGUCAAUAAAAUUAUUUCUUGGUUUUUGCUGUUUGACCUUCACCUUGGCUUUGAUCAACCUCAAACCUUACGACCAGACGGCGUCUGUGAUGUUCAACAUGGUCGACCACGACCAAGAUGGCGACGUGAAUAGAAACGAGUUGGAUCAAGCAUUCAAGGCGUACGACACCAAUGGCAACGGUCGUAUAUCGAAACAAGAAUACGUCAGCUACGUCGAGCAGAUCAUCCACGACACGUCCUACCGUCACCUGAUGUUAGCCACCUUCGACAUCAUCGACGUUGACAACGACCACAUCCUGGACCAUCACGACUUUGACAAUUUUUUCUCUCUAAUGGACAGCGACAGCAACAACUUGGUCAGCUUGGCCGAAUACGUAAGGUACUGGUCAGCUUUAUUUCCAGACCUAGAGAACCUGGGCAAAAACUGACGGAAAUAACAUAUAACAUUUAUCACAUAUAACAUGUGAUAGAAAUUUCAUAAACUUUUCAAUUUUUCAUUAGUAGGCAUAUAUUGAUCUAAUAAUGCAAAAGUAUACUUAUAACUAAAUGUUGGUACCUCUCAUAGUUAUAUAAUAUGAUGGUGUGAUAGAAAUAAAAACAUAAGCCUAUUACUUAAAAUCA